UUAAGUUUGAUGUUGUGACGUUAUGUAUACACGCCAAGAGAUGUUAAUAAGAACACAUUUAUUUGCGUGAUUUUUUCCAAUAGUCUACCGUCAAAAACGGAGAGAAUAACGAACGACGAUGGCCUCAGAUGUGUACACUUUUGAAAAAACUUUAAAUGAGCGUCUUAUUGAAUACCAAACAAUUUUAUGCAUUGAUAAAGAAAGUUUGCCCGGACCUAGAAUUCGUUCAGUUUGGGGUAGUUACUUGCAGCUAUUGAUUGAAGGAAACGGAUGGAGUGCUAUUUGGAAGAUAUGCCGCAAAACUUGCGAGAAGUACAGUAUUGGUUUUCCUACUGUAGUUUUCGUCGUGUUUCAGGAUCCAUUUGCUGGGGCAACUGAGCAGUUCGUAGACCUCUUUGAGGAAGGAUGGACAUUACUGUUCCAUUGGCCAUUGGUAUUGGGAGUUGACUGCACAGAACUUUCAGCUGUAAUUGAGGUGAAUGCUGUUCAAGACGAUAUCCAUUUGCCACUCUAUCACAGAGUUCCAUUGAUUCACCUGUACCCAACAAAACAACAAAGAAAGAACUGUCUUAAAAUAGAAGAAACAGCUGAAUGUUUGGACCAGUUGAGUCAAUCAUUACAUCAGUUGAACUGCCCUGCUGUGGUCUGCAAGUCAGCGUAUUACGCUCCGCUGUUCUUCUACAAUCAUCUGUGGCGCCCAUGGGAUGAUAUGAAUGAAUAUUGCAAGUCUGAUUGGCCAGCAACUCAUCUUCAACAACGCAUAGAUCUACUUGAAGUAAUGCAGUCCGAUGCCAUAUGCCGUGAGAAAUGGGAAUACUUACGGUCCCUCUUGCAAGAAGCGAAAGACAUAAAACAAAAUAUGGAAUCUCUUGACUCUGAACUCACAGAAGAUGGAGAAGUUCCUGUAGAAGUUACCUACUCACUUACAAAAUACUAUCUGCGAUUGAAGCAAAUCAAGAAAGAGGUUGAAAGUUUUGAAAAUCCUGUAACGAGGAAACUGUUGACUCAAAAGCAGAAAACAGCCAUAGUGAAUGAAGGAGCAAGUAUCGGCGACAAAAGUACAUGGAUUGUAUUCCAGGGCCAAUCUGUUCAGGACAUUAAUGAACUGAUAGUAAAAAUCCUAAAUUAUUUCCCAUCCACUACAUAUGUCAAUUCUUGUUCAACAGUGCAGCGUGCAUUGGAGAGUUUAUCCAAAAAUAAAGUAAUUGUACUUUGCCCAGGACUUCAUAAAAUGAGCAACUUGGAUAUUCAGUGUUGCUGCGUCUUGAGAGGUUUUGCUGGUCAUCCUCUUAGCAGCACUUUAGUUGCUGAAGGAUCCUGCAUCUUAGACUACCCAGGGAGCAAUUUUGCAUUGGAGGACCUAAUCAUAAGCUGUGAAAACAACACAGCAUCUGUCAUUAUUAGAAGUGGAUUUCUAAAAAUUCGUAACUGUCAUUUCUUUGGGACAAAGUGGUCAUUUAACUCUCCCGCCAUCAUAGUCUUACAAGGAGCUCAUGUUGAAAUUGACAGCUCUGUUUUUUCAAAUCUUGGAACUGCUUUAAUUAUAUGUCCAGGUGCAGUUGUGCAUAUUGCAUCUAGUGAAAUUUCUUCUUGUUCUGUUGGGAUACAGAUAUCAGAUGAUGCAAUCUUAGUAACAGAUGGUUUGAAAAUCAUUAAAUCCACAGAGUGUGCCAUGAAGAUAGAAUGCAUUAAGGAAGAAAACCGUGAAAAAAGUAGUGGGACAACUGACAUUGUUUCUAGUUUCUGUGGGAUUAAAAGCAACAACUUAGCUAUUGAAAGCACAGUUGGUGAUGAGGUCAUAGUAAUUCACAGUGGAGAUUUAGCUCCAUACGAAGAAUUUUGUGUGUAAAUUUAUACAUUGAGGUGUGCUGUGCUAUCCUUCCUGCAUAUAUGCAAUCUGCUUUACUGGAAUAUAAUUCCACUUAGUGCCAUAAAGUUUCAUACACUUUAAUUUUUCAUAAAUACUUUAAUAUAUUUAAUAAACAGCGCUUUAUUUUUUUUCACU